AUGAGCUCAGAUAAGCCCAGCGAGGGCUCGCAGGAUGAGACACCUCCGGCGUGUUCAUUGCAGCAACGUUACGACUCGCAGAACGCAGAAGCGCAGACAGAGAAGCCAAAGAACGAGGCAACGUCUGGGAAAGAGUCAAAGUCAGACCAGCCGGCCGGAGGCUACGAUUCGACCCCAAUACCCUACGCGCCGCCGGGCUACACUGUCAAAAUCACCUUCCACCGCGCGAAGAACCUUCCUAUGGCUGAUAUGAACUCACUCUCCUCCGAUCCGUACAUCCUCGCUCAGCUUAACACCGAGCUACGCAGCCGACACAAGGAAGACCCUUGCCUACGGAUGCGCACGCCCACCAUCCGCAGGAGUACCGAUCCGGUGUGGAACUGCGAGUGGAUAGUGGCGAACAUCCCAGCUACAGGCUUCAAACUCAAGGCGCGCGUCUACGACGAGGAUCCCGCAGAUCACGACGACAGGCUCGGGAACGUGACGUUGAAUGUACCAAGCAUAGAGGAGGGAUGGGAGGGCAUCAGAGAGGCAGAGUACAAGAUAAGAAAGCGAAUGGGCAGCAAGCGCGCCUAUGCGAUUCAGGCUGUAGCGAGAUGCUUCCAGAAGGCGAAACACAUGCAUGGAUAUCUUACCGUUAGCAUAGAGCUGCUCGGACGGACGGAAGACAACGUCGGCGGACGGUCAUACACAGUCGGGCCGCAGUGGUGGACCCGACACUUUUCACCGCUUCUAGGUCGUAUGACGGGUAGGAAAGUGCCUGACGAUGGGACAGGUUAUAGGAAGAAGACUGAGCGGUACAACUUCCAGGCCAACCAAUUCCAGCUGAAAGGGCCCGUGCCUUAUGAGCUCUACCACCGCUACGUCGAAUUCAAGCCCUUUGUGAAGGGUAUGUUCACUAAGAAAGGGAUCCGCGGUUUCCUACUCAGUAAAGCACUGCAUCACCAGCACUCGCGCGUGUACAACUUCAAUCGCUCGACUCUGUUCGAAACGAUCCAAGGACCGCCUUCAAAGGCCAUGGCCCUCAAAUUCUUGGAUCUGGUCCACUAUGACCAAGGUGGUCGCAUCUUUACCUAUGUCUUGACGCUGGACGCCCUAUUCCGCUUCACUGAGACAGGAAAAGAGUUCGGCAUUGACAUGGUGAGCAAACACACCAUGCACAGUGACGUGAGCAUCUACAUCGCCUUCUCCGGCGAGUUCUUUGUGCGACGACUAAAGCGCCCAUACCGUCCGCGGCGCCAACAGUCAUCGGCUAGCAUUAGGGAUAGUAUUGACGAUGGCCACACGCAUCCGCCCGAAGAUCGCGAAGGCGGUCCCACAGAGGAAGACCCACCGGAGGAUCCGAAAUACUACGAAUUGAUAAUCGACAAUGAUUCUGGCACCUACAGGCCGAACGCCAAGCUCCUCCCACUACUAAAGCGGUUCUUCCAGCAACAGUUCGUGGGCCUCAAGAUCGUAACGCUCGACUGCCAGGCCGAUGCCGAAAAGUUGGGUAAAAUGAAGGAAGAGCAGAGCGACCGCAAGGAGAAGGAGGGACCCGGCAUUGUGUAUACCCAGCUCUCGCGGUGCAGUUCGUUAAGUAGUAGCGAUGAGGAGGCGCUUGACGAUGUCGAACAAGGAGGACACAAUAGCGGACUCAUCAACGCGCUAGGGCACGACGCGUCGGCGUUCAAGAAUGCGAAGAAAGAUCAUCUAAAGGUGUUUGGACCGCGCGGUGCGGAGACGCACAAGGGCCACCAGCUCUACACGAACAGCGGAGAUGAGUCAUUGGACCGCGGUUGA